GAACCCAGCCGAACGGGCGCGCCGGCCACCGGCGGCGGCUGUCAGGAUGCUCCGGCCCUCGGGCCGCUCCGCUGCCAGCCAUUCGCUCGGUCCCUGGCGACCCGCGCUCGGCCCGGGAGCUCGGGAGCCACAGCCGGAGCCGGAGGCGGGAGCAGCGAGCAGGAGCCCCGGGCUCCCGAACGCGCGAUGGUCGUGGCCCCAGGCGUCGCUGGGCCACCCGGUGUGAGUGCGGCCGCCCCACGCCGAGGCCUGGCUCCGAGGACGAUGCCCCGGCCGGCUGCCGGCUCCCGUCGGCACCAUGAGUGAUGAGCGGCGGCCGCCCGGCAGCGCCGUGGGCUGGCUGGCGUGCGGGGGCCUCUCCCUGCUGGCCAACGCCUGGGGCAUCCUCAGCGUGGGCGCCAAGCAGAAGAAGUGGAAGCCCCUCGAGUUCCUGCUGUGCACGCUCGCGGCCACCCACAUGCUCAACGUGGCCGUGCCCAUCGCCACGUACGCCGUGGUGCAGCUGCGGCGGCAGCGCGCCGGCUACGAGUGGAGCGAGGGCCUCUGCAAGGCCUUCGUCUCCGCCUUCUACACCCUCACCCUGGCCACCUGCUUCUCCGUCACCUCCCUGUCCUACCACCGCAUGUGGAUGGUCCGCUGGCCCGUCAACUACCGGCUGAGCAAUGCCAAGAAGCAGGCGGUGCACACGGUCAUGGGCAUCUGGACGGUGUCCUUCCUCCUGUCGGCCCUGCCCGCCGUCGGCUGGCACGACACGAGCGAGCGCUUCUACGCCCACGGCUGCCGCUUCAUCGUGGCCGAGAUCGGCCUGGGCUUCGGCGUCUGCUUCCUGCUGCUGGUGGGAGGCAGCGUGGCCACCGGCGUGGUCUGCACGGCCAUCGCCCUCUUCCAGACGCUGGCCGGGCCGGGGGGCCGCCGGGCGGGCCGCCGCGCCUUCACUGUGCCCACCAUCGUGGUGGAGGACGCGCAGGGCAAGCGCCGCUCCUCCAUCGACGGCUCCGAGCCCGCCAAGACCUCGCUGCAGAUCACGGGCCUGGUGGCCGCCAUCGUCUUCAUCUACGACUGCCUCAUGGGCUUCCCCGUGCUGGUGGUGAGCUUCAGCAGCCUGCGGGCAGAUGCCUCGGCGCCCUGGAUGGCGCUGUGUGUGCUAUGGUGCUCGGUGACCCAGGCCCUCCUGCUGCCCAUGUUCCUCUGGGCCUGCGACCGCUACCGGGCCGACCUCAAGGCCGUCUGGGAGAAGUGCAUGGCCCUCAUGGCCAACGACGAGGAUUCGGAUGAUGACGCCAGCCUGGAGGGUGGCGGUGUGCCCCCGGACCUCGUGCUGGAGCGCUCCCUUGACUACGGCUACGGAGGCGACUUUGUGGCCCUGGACAGGAUGGCCAGCUACGAGCUGUCCCUGGAGGCCGGCCUGCCCCAGAUCUGCCCGCUGGGGCCCUUGCAGGAGGACAAGAUGCAGUACCUACAGGUCCCGCCCACGCGACGUUUCUCGCACGAAGACGCGGACCUGUGGGCCGCGGUCCCGCUGCCCGCCGUCCUGCCGCGCUGGGGCUCCGGCGAGGACCUGGCCGCCCUGGUGCUGCCCGCCGGGCCCGACCGGCGCCGCGACAGCCUGCUGCCCUUCGCGGGGGACGCGCCCCCUUUCCGCCCGCGCCGCCGCUCGGCCGAGAGCCUGCUGCCGCUGCGCCCCGCGGCCCGCAGCUCGCCCACCAGCAGCCCGCGCUGCCGCCCCGGGCCUGGCGCCCGCUCCGCCUCGGCCUCGCGGCUGCCGGACGCCUUCGCGCUCACGGCCUUCGAGCGCGAGCCGCAGGCCCUGGGCCGCGCGCCCGCCCCGCCCGCGCGCGUCCCCGACGCCGCGGACCCCGCCCAGCCCGGUGAGGACGCGGCGCCCCCUGGCGGUGCCGGCGCGCCGUGGAGCCCCGGGCCGCGCCCAGCUGCGCAGGCGCGCGCCCGGCCCCUGCGGACGGCCCUGAGCGCGUCUUGGGGCGAGCCCGCCGACCUGCGAGUGGCCGGCGGUGGCGGCGGCGGCGGCAGCACCAGCAGCUUCCUGAGCUCGCCGUCCGAGUCCUCGGGCUACGUGACGCUGCACUCGGACUCGCUGGGUUCCGCGAGCUAGGGGCCGCCCGCGGGCCAAAGCACCAAAGAUGUCACCUGCCCAGCGGAGCUCGGCGCAGGGGGGGCACUGAGCUCGCCAAGGACGCUGGGACAUGUGCCCGCCCUCCCGGGGCGGCAGCGCGGGGCGCAACACGUUCGCCCGAGAAGCAGGCACUGCCUGGAGGGGUGACGGCUGCCCUGGACAGCUGCCUCGGGCACUUCAUCUCUGGGUGAUGCAGAGUGAGGCUGAACUUGGGUAAAGGCGGGCUGUGCCCGUGCGCAGCUUGGAACAGCUGGGUUGGGGGCUGGGGAUCCCCGGGACAGGGCCGCCACCAGAUGGAACGAAGCCCGGCUCUGCGGGGAGCAAAGCCACUGGACUGCGCCCGGCUUUGCACUCAGCGCUGGAACUGUCUCCCCUCGGGGGCGCGGGGUGCAGAGGGUCUCUAAGCACAGGGCCUUCAGAGCCCAAACGAGUUCCCAGAGCAGGUCUCCCUGCAGACCCACUCCGCCUCUGUUUCCCCAUCUGUGACGAGCAGGUGGCCGUGUUAACUCUCAGGACUGAAGACGUCUGCUCGUCCGAGUGCCCUGGCCGCUGAGUGGACACCAUACCUACUUUGACCACUAUUACCGCCCUCACCCUCAUUACUUCUCAUUGCCUGUCCCCACCAUGCUGGCCACCUCUGGGACUCCAGCCACGCGGGUCGGGGGUGUGUGGUGGGGACGACUGAAGCAAAGCAAGAGU